GCAGCACUGGUGGGUGGCACUGGUGGACAGCACUGGUGGGUGGGCACAGGUGGGUGGCGCUGGUGGGCACAGUGUGGGUGGCGCUGGUGGGCACAGGUGGGUGGGCACAGGUGGGUGGCACUGCUGGGCACAUGUAGGUGGCACUGCAGAGUGGCACAGGUGGGGGCACUGCAGAGUGGCACAGGUGGGGGCACUGCAGAGUGGCACAGGUGGGGGCACUGCUGGGAAUGGGUGGGCGGGGCUAGUGGGCGCACAGCUGAUCGGAUCUUGCGGGGGUCACUGCUGGGCACCGAUCAUCAGGGCACU